AAAAACACACAUGAGGGAGGAGAGAGGCUUUUACUUCCAGUCACGGGGUGUCUGACGUCCUUUACAGGCUGCAGAGUCACACCUGAUGAUAAAAAAUAAAAUAAAAACCAGAUGCCAUCAGUGCCUGACAGGCGCCGGAGCUGCGUGGUCGUGGGUGCCAAAUCUACGUGUCUAUUUCUGUUUCUGCUUGUCACACUAUGGGGGACCUCUACCGGUACCCAGUUUACUUCGAUUGCGCCGCGUUAGACGAUGAGCAAAAGAAGAGGAUUCUGAGUUAUUUCAAGGUCCGGCGCAAAUCGGGCGGAGGAGAAUGCAGCUCGGUGACAGACGUCGGGGGGAAGGUUUACUGCGUCUCUUUUCAAGAGAGGGAAGCCCAGCAAAGAGUUCUGCAACGAUCCGAGCAUGUGCUGGACUUCGCUGGUGUUUCUCUGGUUCUGGCUGUUCGAGAGAGUGCAGAACCACAGAGCCCUUCUCGCACUUCCCGGACUCCUGGUCAGUCAGCCAGGCCACAAGUGGACGCAACAAGCUUUUCACAGGAAGAGCAAUCCUCUGUUGCGUCAAGCCUGUCACCGCAUGAUGAAGAAUAUGAAGUGCAACUUGAUCAUUUUCUCCUUCGUUACCUGAAGGAAUGCCCAAAGGCUAAUGAAAAACUGGAGAGAGAGUUUGCCACUGUGUGCUGCUCUGCUGAACUUCAUCCAGAGAAAGGGAUAGCAUUAAUCAGGCGAUUAGCUCAGGUUGAUGUUGGGGAUACAGUUAGCAACUGGAAAUCUGAGGUAGACAAAAUUUUUGCUGGAUACAUGUGCUACUAUGAGGUGGAGUCUCUCAAAAUCAAAGCUUUGCUCAAGUCCUGCAGCUCUCAACAGACCGAAGAUGGGAUGAAAGUGUUCAGCGAUAUUGGGACGGCCAUUGUUGUUGGUGAAACUUCUAAGGUGAGCGCCAGAUUAGCGGAUUUAGAUGGUUCGCAUUUUAAACGAAAAUCCCUUCUGGUUCAGAGGCAAACCAGUGUCCGUCGACUUGGUGAGGCAAAAAUUCGACUCCUCUGGGAAGAGAUUAAGAUCAGUUUAGGACACCGUUUUCCAGGCGUGAAAGUCACAAAGGGGGAGGCUGGUCAGUUGGUUUUAGAAGGUUCUGCGGAGGAGAUCCUCAAAGCUGGUGAGCUGAUCACUGAUAAGGAGAAUUUGGUAAAAGAGAGUACUGUUUUUGACAAGAGCCCCCAUUAUUUUGCCUUCUUAAGGAAGGUGUUUGGAGGCCCUGGGUCGCUGGGUAACUUUUUAGGACUUGGUGACAAAGUGGAGGUAGAACUGCUAGACACAGAACUCAAUUUCUUCUCCCUCUGCACUGAUAAACUGCAAGAAGCUGAAAAGAGGCUGGAGGAAAAGUUCAAAGAGGCCAAAUAUGAUGUUCCUAACUGCUCCAUUGUACCACCAGAGCUUCAGGAAAAGCUCAUUUCAAAAACAAAAGAGAUUAACCAAAAGGAGUACAGGGCUGUUGUUGUGUGCGGCGGGAAAAGCACUGUGCAUUUGUUGGGCCACGCAAAAGAAGUGGCAGAACUGACUGAAACCUUUACACAGUUUAUCUUAGACCAGUCAAGCAUUGAAGGAAAAGUCCAACUCCCCUUCCCCAAGUUGGCUGAACUGUUGCAGGAACUGCUGCAGAUAUAUAACUUUGACGAUUCAGGAGUUCAUUUCAGUCCCAUAACAUCUUCUUCUGGGCCAAUGGUGAUGCUCGAAGGGCCGUCCAGCAAAGUCACAGAGGUCAGGAAUAGGCUUGGCCCAUUUUUGGAUGCCCUCGAACAGAACCGAGUCACUGUUGACUUGCCGGGUGCUGGUAGAUAUUUUGAAAGUCCCUCAGGAAAAGACAGCCUCCUAAAAGUGUCCCGUUCUCAUAAAUGCCUCAUCUACUCUGAAGAACAGCCUCACCAUGGGAGACAGGAUAACGGAACUGCUAAAUAUAGCCUUCAGGGAGGCCUUCGGGUGCUAGUAUGUCAGGGCGACAUAACCAAACAAUAUGCCGAUGCCAUAGUGAACGCCGCCAAUGAGGAUUUAGACCAUGGCGGCGGUGUUGCUGCCGCGCUGAGUAAAGCAGGUGGUCCUCAGGUGCAGAAGGAGAGCAAAGCAAUAGUUCAACAGACCGGAAGAAUCCCCACGGGAGAGGUGGUGGUGACCACAGGGGGGAACCUAAAAUGUAAGAAGUUGCUGCAUGCUGUAGGACCCGUAGGGGGAACUGCAGGUGGCAGAGAGAAGGUUUUACUGGAAACAGUUGUUCAGCGUGCUCUGAAUUUGGCAGAAACAAUGGAGCUGAGCUCCAUUGCCAUUCCAUGCAUCAGCUCGGGUAUUUUUGGGGUUCCCGUCAGCGUGUGCGCUGAAGCUAUUGUUGCUGCAGUCAAAGAGUUUGGGAGCCAAAGUGGGCGCAGUUUAAAGACGGUCAUACUCAUAGACAAUAGAGAAAAGGUGGUGAGGGCCAUGAAGGAGACGUGUGACAGGGUUCUGCAAAAUACCGGAAACAGAAACCCCGGUGCUGGGGAUGCUACCUGGCAAACAACAGUAGCUGCAGCAGGCAGUGUCCGUGUUGAGAUUGUUCAGGGAACAAUCGAAACUCAGCAGGCAGACGCCCUUGUCUGCCCUAUGGUCGGCCACGAUCCUCAGUCUAUCCGGGUCGGAAAGGCUCUGUCAAGUCUCUUUGGACCACAGCUGACUGCAAGGUUUCAUACGGAAGCAAGAGGAGCAACUCUGCCUGGUGACGCAGUCACAGUGGAUGGCUUGCCCACCCCUGCCUGUAAAGCAGUCAUCUUCAUCAACCAAGUCUGCUGGGACAAUGACCAGCACGGAGCUGCAAUCCAGGCACUUAGGGAGGGAAUCCAAAAAACACUGACUUCCUGCGAGUUCAGAGGCUUUAGCUCAGUGGUUUUCCCAGUGCUUGGGACCGGCGCCAUUCUGCGUUUCCCUCACAGCGUGGCGUCCAGGGUUCUUCUUGAGGAGGUUGGCACAUUUGAACAGAAGAGAGACAGCAGGUCGCCUUUCCUGGUCCGUAUUGUUGUUCAUCCCUCGGACAAAGAGUCCGGCAAGGCAUUUGAGUCUGCCCAGGAAGCUGUGCAUCUCAGAGGACUCACAAAUGAUGUUAAUCCAGAUGAUGCUUCCUUCUACCGUAAAGUCUCAAUAACUAACAAUGACACCACAGCCAUGCUGGGUGGAGUCCGGCUACAGAUGAUGUGCGGUGACAUCAUACAUGCAGGCACUGAUGUGAUUGUCAACACAACCGAUUUUUCCAACUACCAGACUGCUGGUGUGUCCAAAGCCAUUGUGACUGCAGCGGGGCCCAGUGUCCUGGCAGAGUUGGCAAAAGUAAACUCUCCAGCAGACUACAUGUGCACCACAGGACCAGGAAUGCUUGGCUGUAAGGAAAUCAUCCACGCUUGCUUCAAUAAUGACACUCAGAGGAUUCAGAAGAACUGCAAAAACAUAUUGAGACUUUGUGAGAGCAAGAGACACAGCUCAGUGGCCUUCCCAGCCGUCGGUACAGGGAAUGGUCAAAUGGACCCCAUUAAAUCUUGCAAAGCCAUGCUGGAUGGAAUUGCCUCUGCUGUCAGGGACCUGAAGCCGACUUCUCUCUCACUCAUCCGCAUCGUCAUCCUGCAGCAACCGGUCUUUCAGGCUUUCAGAUCAGAGCUGGAGAGUCGAUUUGGAAAGAAAGCUCCACGUCGCCUCAACCUGAGAGAAAAGGCCAAACAACAGCUGAAGAAGCUCCAAGAGAGGCGGUCACGUGCCACUGCGCCUCCUAACCCACAAGGCCGAGCCUCCCUGUUGGCAAAACCCCGGCCGGCAGUGUUCUAUGUGAUUAGCCGCGGCCCAGGCGAUGUCAGGAACAUUAAAACAGACUUAGAAUGGAUUUUGCAAAAGGAGCUGAUAGAGAGAGUUCUGGACAUGCAUCAGUUUUCUAGACUUGAUGACAUGGAGAUGGACGCAGUGCUGGCCAAAGUCAACAUAUCAGAAAUAAGCCUGGAGCUGCAAAGGCAUCAGGGCUCUGACCCCCAGGGUGGCGGCAGAGUCGGAAACACAGCUGGGUCCGGGUCUGGGCAGCAGGCCUAUGUGCUGAAAGGCCUCAAAGAGGAUGUUUUGAGUGUAGUUGAGCUGAUCUACAGAGCAUUCCAAAAAGCACUUCAUGAAGACAUCCAAGAUAAGGACGAGGCCAUGCUGGCUCUGAGGGUUCAGUGGUUUAUAAAGGACGGAAACGAGUGGCUGGAGCUGAGCCUGCAUGACAACUACAGGCUGGAGGAUGCUCAUUCUCAGAAGCAAGUCUCCGUUGAUAUUUCAGUACCAGAUGGUAGGAAGGUAAAAGUAAACCUGAGAGCACUAGAAGCCACAGACUUCAGUACAGGCGUCAAGUACAAAGUGAAGAGGCUCGAAUCAGAAGCAGACUUUGAGUUGCCAGCACAUUGGGAGCCGAUGCACGAGGAAAUCUUUAAGAAAGUGAACCUGGACCCUAACUCACAAGAAUACAAGGAUGUAGCCAAAGGUUUCCUCCAAACAGCGAAAUUCACCAUUAAAAAAAUUGAGCGCGUGCAGAACCUCUACCUGUGGCACGCGCACAGCGUGUGUAAACAGCGUAUACUCAGGAAGAACGGGGUGGCAGAGCUGGGAGAGAAGUUCCUCUACCACGGCACCUCGGCGGAAUCGUGCAGCUGCAUUGAAAGAGAUCGAUUCGACAGGAGUUAUGCGGGAACGCACGCUGCUGUGUAUGGAAAGGGAGUUUACUUUGCAGUCAAUGCAAAUUACUCGGCCGGUGGGUAUUCCCCGGCGGACGCAUCAGGCCUGAGGCGUCUCUACGUUGCCCGGGUCCUGACCGGCCGUUACACCGUUGGUAAAGGCUCUAUGAAAGCCCCCCCUCCUCGAGGCUCCGACCCCACCGACUGCUUUGACAGUCUGGUGGACAACCAGCAGCAGCCGUCCAUGUUUAUUAUUUUCCACGAUGACCAGGCCUACCCGGAAUACCUCAUCAGCUUCAGCUGAGUGGCGAGGCGAGAAGCAGCACCUCCCGGCGGGAAACAGGGACGUCUCUGUGCCUUUCUGUCUGCAGCUGAUUGUUGCAAUGAAAUGAAAUAAGAUGUCUGUGUUGGUAAAUCAAAACGUGGAGUUAGUAAGUAGGAAUUCUGUAUUGAAUUUUUUCCAAGGAGAAAAACAAAUGAUAUACAGUAUGUUGCAUCUCACUCUGUUGUUUUAACUGAACUAUCUCAGAAGAAAUGUUUUGUCUUGUUAACAUGUCCAGGAUUUAUCUACUGUCAACAGUUUAUAAGUCUCUCACAGUCUGCCUGAACAUGCUCCUGUAGCCAUGUCUGUUUCUUUUUUUUUUCUGCAUCCGUGAUCCAACCGCUCCUAUUUCAUAUUAUACAGAUCUAACAGUUGCCAUGUUGAUAAAAGGCUGCAAGAUAUUCUCUUGAUUUCUCUCCACUUGGGUUGAGUCCUACAUCCUGCAUGUCACAGAAAAACUGAUUGUCGUCUUCGCCUUAGCACAAAAAACCUUUUCUUAAUUUUAAUCAAUUUUAAUUGGUUUUCCCGCUUAUUCUAUGAAGGCUCUUUCCUUGGACAUGUUACCAGUGUAUUGUAUUGUGAACAUCUGUUUAUUUCAAUGCUCAGAAAUGUUUUGCAACUUUAAAUUAGUCAAAAGUAAAUUAUCUGAAAAACUUUAAAAAUAAAGAA